AUGAAAAAAAGAAAAAAGUUAUGUGAUAAAUAAUCUCUUUGAAAUUAAAGAGAAUAAAAUUACCACCUUGUUUGUUUGUUUUUUUUCUUUUUGUGGUAAAGAAAAUUACCACUUACCCAACAAGUGGGUCGAAGUUCCAUACACAGCCUUAAACAUGUCCCCGGCAGCGAAUGCUAACUCAUAUAUUCAAACCAAUCAGACGGCGGGAAAAAUUUGGCACUUGUUCCCAUCGUCUCUGUUGCUUACCCAUCGUUCGCCGCCAACGGUCGCAUCCAUGGAAGACGCCGUUGCCGCGAAGAAGAAGAAGAGGAACACGGCGGCGGCGACCACCUCAACCGCUACCACAGAGAAGAGACCACGGCGGGUCAGGCACAGGAAGCCUGAAUCGGACGUAGGAGACAUAGAAGACUUCGAUUUUGGCAGAGACGAAACCCUAGAAAUUAGGGUUUCUUUGCUGGACUGGUACGACCGUAACAAGAGGGACCUCCCUUGGCGAAGAAUCAGCAGCGUAGAUGAAAAUGACGACGAAGAUGAAGCUGGAAGCGAGAGUAGGGCUUAUGCAGUGUGGGUUUCUGAAGUGAUGCUUCAGCAGACUAGGGUGCAGACUGUGAUCGAUUAUUUCAACCGUUGGGUGCAGAGAUGGCCCACUGUUGGCCAUCUUGCUUGUGCUUCAAUUGAGGUUUUGUUUGUUUCUUUUGUUCUUUGGUUGAUUACUUGGUCAAACUGUGAUAACAAGCAGAAAGUAUUACCGCAAUGGUUGCAGGAGGUGAAUGAGAUGUGGGCAGGUUUGGGCUAUUACAGACGGGCCCGAUAUCUGCUAGAGGGAGCAAAAUUGAUUGUUCAAGGAGGAAAAUUUCCUGAAACAGUUUCAGAUCUUUUGAAGGUCCCAGGAAUAGGAGAUUAUACAGCAGGUGCAAUUGCCUCUAUAGCAUUCAAGGAGGUGACCCCAAUUGUUGACGGAAAUGUAGUCAGGGUUCUUGCUAGACUGAAGGCUAUUUCUGAAAAUCCCAAAGACUCAGUGACAAUCAAGAACUUAUGGAAAUUAGCAGGGCAAUUAGUUGAUCCUUCUAGACCUGGGGAUUUCAACCAGGCUCUGAUGGAACUUGGUGCAACAUUAUGCACUCCCUUGAGCCCAAGCUGCUCUGUCUGUCCUGUUGCAGCCCACUGUCAAGCACUAUCUCUGUCCAGGCAGUAUACGUCAUCACUAGUUACAGAUUAUCCUAUAAAGGUUGUGAAGUCCAAGCAAAGGCAUGAUUUUUCUGCUGUUAGUGUUGUGGAGAUAUUGGAAGGUGAAUAUACUAUAGGGGAACAUCAAUCUGAUGGUAAAUUUCUUCUUGUUAAGAGGCCAGAUGAAGGUUUGCUUGCUGGCCUCUGGGAGUUUCCAUCUGUCCUGUUGGGGGGAGAGGCUGACUUGGUCACAAGGAGAGAUUCUGUAGAUCAAUUUUUGAAAGAGUCCUUCAACCUAGAUCUCAGGAAGUCCUGUACUGCAGUUUUCAGGGAAGAUAUUGGAGAAUACAUCCAUAUCUUCAGUCACAUUCGUCUGAAGAUGUAUGUGGAAUUGUUGGUUUUACAUCUAAAAGGUGGGAUGCAUGUUUUGCAUGGAAAAACAGACAGCAAAAUUAAGGCUUGGAAACUUGUUGAUACAAAGACCCUUUCAAGCAUGGGAUUAACAUCUGGAGUAAGAAAGGUGACUGUGUGACUGGAGAGCAUAACCAGGGGAAAACUGAUGGAAAGAAUAGAAAUAGAAGUAAUUUGGAGACCUUUGAAACUGAAAGAAAUCUCUGUGAAUCCGGUUUGACAGGACAUGGCUGUCCACCUUCUCAGGUAUACUCCAUGAUUCAGAAAUACAAGCAGAACAAAUCUAAACCCUUACCAUGCAAGGCGGGAAAGAAAAGUUCAUCAAGAAAAUAAAAGCUUUUAUGGAGUGAAACAAAAUGAGGUUCUUGAGCUCUUUUUUAAUCAAUUAAGGAGCUACUUUCAUAAAUUGCUUCAAGGCUUGCUUUUCCAGAAGACUGCAUUAUUUAGUUUUGGUCAACUAAACAUCCACAUCUUAGGGGUUCGUGCCUCAUAACAAGAUGGUUUUCAUUUCCUGUCUUAACUUUUGUAUGUAUUAUUUUUGAGACAAUCAAAAUGUAUGUUCACCUUUUCCGUUCCUUUCUUCCUGACCAGAUAUGGCAUCAUCUUUCUAACUUCUAAAUCAAAUGGAGGCCCUUUAACAAGGAAAUCCUCACUGGUUUACCUUUGGACAACUUAUUGACGAAUAUUGUUGCGGUUUAAACUGCUGUUGACGAUGACAAUAUAGCAGAUGUGGUAGUCAACUCACUUUUUCCAGAGAAAUUUUGCCCCUGUUAUUCUUUCUUCUUCACUGGAUCAUCCGGACCCAUUGCUGGCCUUUCACAAUCCUUUUUUAAAUUCAAGACUCCAUGUGUGGUAUGACAAACGAAUUCAAGUAUUUAAAAUUUCUAUAUAAUCUGAGUUCAAAUGUUUGUUCUGCUCGGUUUGUGUGCUCGAGCUUUGCAAUAUGGAAUUAGCUGUUACCAAUCUUUUUUUUUUUUUUUUUUAUGGUUUGAGAGGGAGGACCUGCCCUUCUCCCUGCACAUUUCAUAGAUGUUAUUAACUUUUACUUAUAAUUUACAAAGUAUGGAAAUGAAGAUAUUAUAAUAGAUAGUAAUUAUACAAGACAGGAUAAGAUUAAAAUGGAGGUAUCCAUCAUAAGAUUAGAAUACCUCUUAUUAAAAAUAAGACAUUUGAAACGUAAUUAGAAUGAUAUAGUUAUGUGAAAAAAAUGAUAAAUAUUUUUCUAAGGUGAGUGAAUUUUAAUGAAAGAAGCAAGGAAGGCAAAAAAGAAAAAGUGGAAAACUCUUAACCAUAACAAUGUGUUAUAAAAAUUAUAGACAAAAUAUUAAUGAAUUAAAAUUUAUAUAACUGAUUUUAUUAGGUAAAGUAAAGGAUUAUAUGUUAUUGUUUUAUGGAGAUAGACAAAGAAGUGGAUGCCCAUAUUCCAUUAGAACGACAUUUGUUUGUUUUUUUGCUAAGUAUACAAUAACGUACUUUUAUUAAUACCUAAUAUUCACCGGUCCACUCCGAAGAGAAAUAUUAAACAUUGCCAAAAUUUCUGUCAAUUUGGGUGGAGCUUAAAAGUUGAUGCGAUACAUACAUAUGAGUGAAUGGUGAUUUGUUAUCAAAUGGGUAUGGAUAUAUUUAGUUUGGUGAUUUUUUAUUUUAAUUUUGAUAAUAGAGAUUAUUUAUAUAGGGUUUGGGGUCAAUUAAAGCAGAAACCUUUUCUUUUUUUGUUGUAUUUGUUCUGGACGUGGGUAUUAGAAAUUAGGUGAAAUUUUGGGCAACACCACACAUUGUAAAAUGAUAUAAUACUUUAUUUGUAUUAUUUGCAUUCUGCAACUGCCAAAAAAACCAGUGGCACGUAUUGCCUCAAAACGGCUUGUGGAUCAAAGCCACCCUCUUCUUUUCCUCUUUUCUACUUCCUAUCGAAUCGAAGCCCCUCUCUCUCUCUCUCUCUCUCUCGCCGCAAACCGGAACAAUGUCCCACUAACCGCAGAGAAGGAUUACUAGAAAGA